AGUGACAUUCACUCGUGAGUCUUGGGGACAGUAACACUGGUAACACGUGAGUUUGUGAUGUGAAUGUGUGUCAGUCGUCUUGUUUUAGUUUAUCAUAUUUAUGCUUAAAGCAAGGUAUGGCCAGAAAUAAGGGAAACCAAAAAGGAGAAGAGGAUGUAGAUCAGCAUUUCCUGGAUCAGGUUUUGAAUCAGAUUUACGAUUUUGGUGAUGGAACGGAGAAAAGAAAAACUAAGAAAUCUCAAAAGAAAAAGAAGAAAAGAACACAUGAAGAAGAAAUUGAGGAGCCGUCCAACAUCGACAGCCCCACAAACUCUGGGAUAAAUGAUCUCGAGGACAGUGAUGAGUCCCUGUUUACAAAAAACUCUGUUUGGAUUGAUUCCACCCAGAUUGAGAGUUCCCCCUCUGCAACCAAGCAUUCAAAUGUUAAAGUGGUGGUCUUUGAGGAUCCCUUAAAGAAGAACAAAACCAAACCUAAAAUAGAAAUGGCAGAAGAAAAGCACGUCACUUUACAGCCUCCAAUAACUAAGAAAAGGAAAAAGACAGAAGAGGAGGAUGACUUCAGUAUAGAAAAGGCAAGACUUGAAGUCCAUAGGUUUGGAAUCACUGGUUACAAGAAGGAUCAGCAGAGAAUUUUUGAGCAAGACAGAGCCAUCAUGCUUGGCGCAAGGCCUCCCAAAAAAGAAUAUGUAAAUUACAAACAGUACCAGCAAAUAGUAAAGGAGAAGAAAGAGAAAGAAGUGGAAGAAGCAAAACUGGACACAAGUAAGAAGAAAAAGAAAGGAGGAAAGUCAUGGGAUAAGAAACCCAAGUCAUCGUCCAACGCGGAGCCUUCCGGUCAGAUUGGACGGUUUAAAGGUGGCGUGCUGGUCCUGAACUCCAAACAAAUACAGGCAAUGAAUGGCAAAAUAAAAAACUCAAAGUGACACCAAAGAGUGUUCUAA